AUGGGUUUGAUUUGGGACAUUGUCGACCGCGCCUUUUGCAUCGCUGUGACUACUACGGCGUUGUGGACUGGGCAUAUCGGGAGAUGUCAGGGGUAUCCGACGGUUCGUCUGGAUCAGGGUCUCGUGCGUGGCUUUGAGGAUAACAGCACGUAUGUCUUCUUGGGGAUUCCGUUUGCUGAGACGACUGGAGGGGAGAAUCGGUGGAAGGCGCCGCAGGGGGUGUCGGCGUCGCUGACGAGGGAGAUUGACGCGACGCGGUAUGGGCCGAGUUGUGCGCAGGCUAUGUCGGGGGAUGCCAUUGUUGCGCAGAGCGAGGAUUGUCUAAAUCUUAAUGUAUGGACACCAACCAGCGGCACCGACCUGCCCGUUUUCGUCUACAUUUACGGCGGAGCGAUGGUCACCGGCGGAAACAGCAAUGCGCAAUGGCAGGGAUACAACUUUGCGCGAAAGGACGUUAUCUAUGUGAACAUUAACUACCGCGAGUCGAUUUUCGCUUCGCCAGCUUCGCCAGAGUUGGAGGGCUCGUCGGAGUCGCAGAAUUUCGGUAUUCUGGAUGUUGAACUCGCUCUGGAUUGGGUUAUGGAUAAUAUCCACGCUUUCGGUGGUGAUAAGAGUCGGAUUGUGAUUGCUGGUCAUUCUUCGGGUGGUGUCCAUGUCGACCAUUAUCUCUGGAAUCACCCCGACACUACCAUCGCGGGUGCCAUGGAAUUGUCGGCGAAUGCCAAAUCCGGACCGGCAUACGCUCCCUAUGGCGAAGCUCUGUCCCAGGUCGCAGAGGAUGUCCAAGCCAGCGGUGUUACGCUAGACUGCGACGCCAGCAACCCGACUCUCGACUGUCUGCGCAAGGUCGACACCUACGCUCUGCAGACCAGCAACUUCAACUCCACCACAAACACCUGGUUCUCCCCGGUCGUGGACAACAUCACCCGCUACUCCGACUAUGAAGGCCGCUACGCGCAGGGCAAAUUCCCAACAUCAGUGCCGCUGCUCGUCGGCAACUCUGACAGAGAAGGUGCACUCUUCGCCAACGUGUAUUCUUUCGAGAACACCAACUUCAGCUACUGGAUCAACACCUUCGACGCGGACAUCGCCUACGUCCCUGACGAUGUACUCCUGAACGCCUACAACGAAGCAGACUACUCCUCUAUCUCCGAGAUGAGCGGCGCAUCCUACGGCGACGCGCGCUUCUUCUGCCCAACAGACUACAUGAUCGACCUGCGCGCCUCCUCCCAACCAGUCUGGGUAUACCGCUGGUUCGGCCAAUACGACAACAUUCUAGGAACCGGCCUCGCCGCCUCCCACGGCAGCGAAAUACCCUUCUUUCACGGCGGAAACGAAUGUUUCUCUAAAAUCUCCGGCGUGAGCGACGCCGAACAGGCCCUCGCGGGUAACAUGAAUGAUUGGCUCGUGGCGUGGGUCAAGAAUCCCAGCGCUGGGCCCGGGUGGGACCGUGCCUCAGCUAAGAAUGGACCGUUGGCUAAGAUUGGGGUUCCUGGGAAGGAGUUGGAGAUUGAGAUGGGUGAGACGGGGGAGUUUAAUGGAAGGUGCCAGAGUGUGUAUAAGAAGUAUAUUCCUGGGUAUCCGGUGGUGCAGAGUCCGGAGUAG